AACAUCAUGGAGCGCCCGGAAAAGGUUAGUUGUGGAGCGUGUAAUAAAUAUUCAUGUAUGAUUUGCAUGUCAAAGACAUGGGAAAAUAAGUGCAUCUGUCUGACCUAAAACAGUCGGUUUCCUGGACACCAAGUGUCGGGAGGUCUAUGUGUCAGGUAAAAUCAAAUGCAGAUGACAUAACCGCAGAGAGCAGCACUAGCGGUCCACGUAAUGGAUCGCAGAGGAAGACCAGUGAAUGCCACGAAUGGACGAAGCUGGAGACAUUGGAGGAAAAAUAUCCCAAAUGGCUUCAUCAGAUACAUGGAGCGCAUGAGCAGAGGGGUGGUCCGCUUCCAGCCUGAAAGCAUCAUUGAGUUUGCCGCACAGUAUUUUGAAGAAAAACUUGUUGAAAGAAAUGCGGAACUCAGCCAGUUGCCAGUGGUGUCGUACUUUCAGCAGAUUUGUACAAAAACAGAUCAAGGCAAGAAGACGGAAUUGUCAGAAGUCCAAGUUCAAGUUUGUGAGGAAAAAAUUGACCUGAGGGAUACUGAAGCAAAUCAAACAUCGAAGGUGCCGACUGAAUCAAAGCCAUCGCCACAAGUAGGCGAAACCUCUGGUAAACCAGAACCAACAAUUCAAGCAGAGGAUACCCCUGCCAAACCAGAAACAAUAAUUCAAGUAGAAGUAACACCUGCUGGAUCAGAACCAACCACUCAACCGGGGGACACCCCUGCGGAAUCAGAACCAACGACUCAAGGAGAGGACGUCCCUGCUGAAUCAGAACCAACGACUCAAACAGAGGUGACACCUGCUGAAUCAGAACCGACCACUCAACCGGGGGACGUCCCUGCUGAAUCAGAACCAACGACUCAUACAGAGGUGACACCUGCGGAAUCAGAACCAACCACUCAACCGAGGGACACCCCUGCGGAAUCAGAACCAACCACUCAAGGAGAGGACGUCCCUGCUGAAUCAGAACCGACUCAAACAGAGGUGACACCUGCUGAAUCAGAACCAACCACUCAACCGAGGGACAUACCUGCGGAAUCAGAACCAACGACUCAAGGAGAGGACGUCCCUGCUGAAUCAGAACCAACGACUCAAACAGAGGUGACACCUGCUGAAUCAGAACCAACCACUCAACCGGGGGACAUCCCUGCGGAAUCAGAACCAACGGCUCAAGGAGAGAACGUCCCUGCUGAAUCAGAACCAACGACUCAAACAGAGGUGACACCUGCUGAAUCAGAACCAACGACUCAAACAGAGGUGACACGUGCUGAAUCAGAACCGACCACUCAACCGGGGGACACCCCUGUGGAAUCAGAAUCAACGACUCAAGCAAAAGACACCCCUGCUGAAUCAGAACCGGCGACUCAAGCAGAGGACACCCCUGCGGAAUCAGGACCGACUCAAGUCGAGGACACCCCUGCUGAAUCAGAACCGGCGACUCAAGCAGAGGACACCCCUGCUGAAUCAGGGCCAAGGACUCACGCAAAGGACACCCCUGCUGAAUCAGAACCGGCGACUCAAGCCGAGCACACCCCUGCGGAAUCAGAACUAACGUUUCAAGCAGAAGAGACUAUAAUUGAACCAGAUUCAGUUGCUGAAUCCGCAGUAGAUACUCAUCAUGAAGACACGCUUGUUCAAUUAGAAUCGGAUGCAGAGGAAACACCUGAAGAAGCAGAGGCAUUCCCUGAACUUGAACAAACACCAGGGGAGACUAAAUUACCUGUUCAGGGGGAAGAAAUCCAUACGGAAACAACACCAUUCGCUGAACAAGAAGCAGCGAAAGAACAGAAAACCCCUGUAGAUAAAAAACAAAGUUCUGAAAGAGACAAAACUACCAGUAAAUCAAAAAAGGGCUUACCAAGAGAGGAAAGUCCCGUUGUGUCGGAACCAGUUGCCGAGCUGGAGAAAAAGCCAGCUGAAUCAAAACUAGUUGUAAAAGAGCAGGAAACAUCAGCACAAUCAGAACUAGCCGCUCAAGAAGGUGAAACUGCCACGUCGGAAUUGGAUCCAGUUACUCAACCAGUGGAAACUCCAGUUGAAUCAAAAUCAACUAAAGGAGAGGAAACUUCUGUUGAACGCGAGCCAGAGAAGGUCUCAACUGAAUCAGAACCACCCAGUCAACCAGUGGGAGCUCCUGAAGAAUCAGAAGCCAUUGUUCAACCAGAGGAAAUUUCCACUGAUUUGGAACAUGUUGCUCAAACAGAGGAAGCACAUGCUGAACCAGAACCUGCUCCAGAUGAGCAGACCAAAGAAAUCAUAAUCGAGCAGACAGAAGAAAGCCUCUCUGACUGGAAUGAGAAAAGUUCAACCAAGGAACUUGCUGAGCACACAGAGGAAACCCCAACUGAGAUGUCAGAGGAAGCUCCCUCUGAGCAGAUAGUAGAAACAGCAGCUAAGCAGACAGAGAAAGCUUCUCUUCAACACACAGAUGAAACUAAAUUACCUGUUCAGGGGGAAGAAAUCCAUACGGAAACAACACCAUCCGCUGAACAAGAAGCAGCGAAAGAACAGAAAACCCCUGUAGCUAAAAAACAAAGUUCUGAAAGAGACAAAACUCCUGGUAAAUCAAAAAAGGGCUUACCAAGAGAGGAAAGUCCCGUUUUGUCGGAACCAGUUGCUGAGCUGGAGAAAAAGCCAGCUGAAUCAAAACCAGUUGUUAAAGAGCAGGAAACACCAGUACAAUCAGAACUAGCCACUCAAGAAGGUGAAACUGCCACGUCGGAAUUGGAUCCAGUUACUCAACCAGUGGAAACUCCAGUUGAAUCAAAAUCGACUAAAGGAGAGGAAACUUCUGUUGAACGCGAGCCAGAGAAGGUCUUAACUGAAUCAGAACCACCCAGUCAACCAGUGGGAGCUCCUGAAGAAUCAGAAGCCAUUGUUCAACCAGAGGAAAUUUCCACUGAUUUGGAACAUGUUGCUCAAACAGAGGAAGCACAUGCUGAACCAGAACCUGCUCCAGAUGAGCAGACCAAAGAAACCAUAAUCGAGCAGACAGAAGAAAGCCUCUCUGACUGGAAUGAGAAAAGUUCAACCAAGGAACUUGCUGAGCACACAGAGGAGACCUCAACUGAGAUGUCAGAGGAAACUCCAACUGAGCAUAUAGAAGAACCUCCAGCUGAGCAGACAGAAAGAAGUCCAAAUGAACAGACACAGAAAACUCCAGCUGAACAGGCAGAAAAAGCUCAAGCUGAACAAACAGAGGAAACCCAACCUGAAAAGACAGAGGAAACUCCAGCUUCGCACAAGGAAGACUCUUCUCCAGAGAGAAGGGCGGAAACUCCUGCUGAUCAGACUGAGGGAACUGCUGAUGGAAAUUCACAAGAAGACAGCUCUAAUAAUGCAGAGGAAAUCUGGAAACAUCCAGAGCAGACACCAGCAGAGCAACCCGAAGAAAUCGCAGCGGGAGCUGUUGUUGAAUCUAGGGAAUCCAGGGGUGAACCUGAAGAAACACCUUUCUAUUUAUCAGUCUAUUUAAGACCGAGCUUCUUAUCCAGGGAAAACUUCAGGCUAGAUGACGUCAACAACGACAGUAAGACAGGCUAAUUCUAAAAGUAUGUAAUUUAAGUAGGGCUUAUAUCUUAAACACCCUUGCCAGUAUAUUUGAAUGUUCUAGUAUAUCUACUGUAAUAGCAAAAAACAUAAAAACUGAUGGAACACUCAAGCACAAAGCAGACUUGGGAGCAAUAGGUAGGGCAUGGCUAUAAUUCUUAUCAAUUGUGCUUUCGUGGUUAAAUUGCACAAAAAUUUGUAAAUAAUGACAACACGUUUAUUUUUGAAUAAAACAAAAUAAUUUUA